GCUAGAAGCAAAGCAGCAAGCUCAGAAAUUUUCCCAGCUGCUUUCCACAGGCGAAAAUUCAAUUCAAUUGGCAAAAAGAAAUUUACCUGAACGUCACAAGCAGCUGCCUGCGCCGUCAGUAAAGCCCAAGUUCAUUGUCAAGACAGUGAGAGAGAGAGAGUGAGAGAGCAAAGCUCUGCUAAGCUUUUGUCAGCAACAUUUUUAAGUUAACCGAAAGCACCCAAUCGAUUUCGAAAUGAGUAACGAAUCGUCAGCGAGCGAGACAACACCGCUGCGUCGGCCGGAAAGUCAAUUGAGUGCAGGCUUAGUCGCUAACGUGGCCAGCAGCAACUACAACAAACACGUCAUCAACAUUGGCAUUUCUCCACCUGCACAGACGACAGCGCUGACUGCCAACAACGACAGUAACGCCAUUAUUGAGGAGCGAUUGCAAGGUGUAAAUAACAACAACAACAACAGCAACAGCAAUCACACACAACAACAACAGCAGCACACAAAAAAUAUGGACACAAACAAACGAAUUUUAUGCCGUGUGGGCCUCGAUAUUUUGAUUUUGCUCUGCGUUGGCUUGCCCAUACUUUGGUUCUUUCUGUUUGGGGAUCCGUACAAGCGCGGCUUCUUCUGUGACGAUGAAUCGCUGAAGCAUCCCUUCAAGGAGUCCACUGUGCGCAACUGGAUGCUGUACAUCAUAGGCCUGGUUAUACCAGUGGGCGUGAUGCUCAUCGUUGAGCUGCAAAGGUCGAGAAAUGCGAAUGCCUCUGGCACUGGAUCGGCGAGACGCUAUAUCUUCAUGUCGUACGAGAUACCCGACUGGCUGGUCGAGUGCUAUAAGAAAAUGGGUGUCUUUGCAUUCGGCGCCGCUGCCAGUCAACUGACGACGGAUAUAGCCAAGUACUCAAUUGGCCGAUUGCGUCCACACUUCAUAGCGGUGUGCCAGCCGCAGAUGCCUGAUUGGUCGACCUGCGAGAACGCCACGAAUGUGGGCAAAUAUAUAAUGGACUUCGAGUGCCAAGGUGUGGGCAGCUCGGCGCGGAUGCUGAAAGAGAUGCGACUCUCGUUUCCCAGUGGACACUCCAGCUUCACCUUCUACACCAUGGUCUAUGUGGCACUCUACCUGCAAGCCCGCAUGAAUUGGCGUGGCUCGAAGCUGCUGCGACACUUUCUACAAUUCCUCUUCAUUAUGAUUGCCUGGUAUACGGCGCUGAGCCGUGUCUCCGACUACAAGCACCAUUGGUCGGAUGUUCUGGCUGGUUCAGCAAUUGGAGCUGCUUGUGCAGUGAUUGUGGCAAACUACGUAUCUGAUCUGUUUCCCGCGAAACCGAAUGGGAAGUCCUAUUUGCCACGUAGCUCCCAGGAUGUCAGUCAAACACAUUCAACGGUUGUUGUCACAACAAAUUAGCCCGCAAUUCAUUUGAAUAAUGGAUUUAACAAUCGUUUAGGACACAAAUUCCAUAAUUUAUAAGCAAAUUAACAAGGAUCUGUCAAAUUCUGUUACCUGUUGAAGAUUUUAAAGCACGGCAAAAGCACAGCUUUCGUUCGUUUUUAGC